CAUGAGUGAUCCAGAACCCUGCAGAAUGAAACACACUGAAGAUACUAAAGAACAAAGAGAUCGCUGUGAUGCAUUUUUGCUAUUCGCAAUCAAGAAGAGAGAGAGACCUAUCAUGCGGAGCCACAGCACACACAACAGGAAAGCCCCUGCUUAAUGAGUGACGAUAAAGGAGGGAAAUAAACAUUAAAACAUCUGACCCGAUGGAAGAGAGCGAGGAGAGUGAAGAACUGAGUGAAGUGGAGGAGAAACAUCAUGACAAACCUGGAGAAAAACCUUUGAGUCGCUCAAAGACUAAAAAGACAUUUGUAAAGAAAAGAAGAACCAAGAAAUCUACAACCUGCACUCAGUGUGGAAAGAGUAUAUCAACCAGACAUCUUGAUGUGCACAUGAGAAUCCACACCGGAGAAAAGCCGUUCACAUGUGAACAAUGUGGUAAGAGAUUCACACAAACACCAAAUCUUAAGAAACACAUGAGGAUCCACACCGGAGAGAAGCCGUUCACAUGUGAUCAAUGUGGGACAAGCUUUGCAUCAAAAGUAUGUCUUCAAAGACACAUGAGGAUCCACACUGGAGAGAAGCCGUUCACAUGUGAUCAGUGUGGGAAGAGUUUCCCAUACGAACAAAGUCUUGACACUCACUUUAGACUUCAUACUGGAGAGAAGCCGUUCACAUGUGAUCAGUGCUGGAAGAGUUUUACACAAAAAAUACACCUUAAGAGUCACAUGAUGAGCCACACUGGAAAGAAGCCGCAUGUAUGUGAUCAAUGUGGAAGGAGUUUCAUAGCUUUAGUACUCCUUAAAAAUCACAUGAGAAUCCACACCAGAGAGAGGCCGUUCAUAUGUGAUCAGUGUGAAAAGAGUUUCACAAACAAACAAAGUCUUGACCGUCACCUGAAAGUUCAUACUGGAGAGAGACCGUUCAUAUGUGAUCAGUGCGGGAAGAGUUUCAUAGAUUCUUCAAAACAUAAAAGACACAUGAAAAUCCACACUGGGGAGAAGCCGUACGCAUGUGAUAAAUGUGGGUUUAGUUUCACAGAAUCAGAUAAACUUAAGAGACACAUGAAAAUCCACACUGGAGAGAAGCCGUACGCAUGUGAUCAAUGUGGGAAGAGUUUCAGGGAUUCAGGAACCCUUAAGAUUCACAUGAGAAUCCACACUGGAGAGAGACCGUUCACUUGUGAUCAGUGCAGGAAGAGCUUCAAAGAUAAACCAAGUCUUGAGCAUCACAAGAGAGUUCACACCGGAGAGAAGCCGUUCACAUGUGAUCAGUGUGGGAAGAGCUUUAAAGAUAAAUCAAGUCUUGAGCUUCACAAGAGAGUUCACACCGGAGAGAAGCCAUACAUGUGUGUUCAGUGUGAAAAGAGAUUCUCUCUCAGAAAAUAUCUUGAUGUUCACAUGAGAGUUCACACUGGAGAGAAGCCGUUCACAUGUGAUCAGUGUGGCAAAACAUUUCUUGUGUCAUCAAACCUGAAGAAACACCUGACAGUUCAUACGAAGGAGAAGCCACAUUCAUGUUCUGUGUGUGGAAAGAGUUUUUCACUGCUGCAAAGUUUACAGAAACAUCAGAAAAUUCACACUGGUGUGAGAGAGUACAUGUGCUUUGAGUGUGAGAAGACUUUUAUUUCAGCAAGCCAUUUAAAACUGCACCAGAGAAUUCACACUGGAGAAAAACCUUACAAGUGUUCACACUGUGACAAGAGAUUCAGUUGUUCAUCAAAUCUGAAAGCACAUGAGAGGAUCCACACUGGAGAAAAACCUUACAAGUGUUCACACUGUGACAAGAGUUUUAAAUGUUCAUCUACUCUGAAAACACAUGAGAUGAUCCACACUGGAGAAGUCCACAAUAGAUUGUGAUCUUUUAUAUCUUCAUAAUAAUGUUAAAACUACACCAAUGAAUGCUCAUUAGGUGAUUGUGCUGACUGGCCAAAUUAUAUCACUCCGUCAAGUGUCUUUCAUUCAUGGUGACGUAUUUGAAUAACAAUUCAAUGCGAGCUAGCAAUAGAGCUAGGGUCAGUAGACUUAAAUCAGAUCAUGAUAUGGACUAGUGUCUGUGAAUAUUAAACCCCAAAAGACUGUCAAGGGUCUCACCUCAGUCAUGGUAUUGAGGGUGAAAGAGAGCACUGUUUUUGUUACGACUGCUGCCAGUACCAGGACUCAAACCCAUAACCUUUGGAUUACAAGUCUGACUCUAACCACUAUAGGCCACAACUGCACAUCAAGUGGUAGAUAAUAUGUAUGAUUCAGAGAGACGGCAACGUGGCCGUUUCAUAUACACCUUAUUGUAUAAAAACAAACUGUUUUUGAAUUGGAAAUUGAUGUGUAAAGAGAAAGAUUGGAAGUGAUAACUUUUGUAUAAAAACAAACUGUUGAUAAAUUGAAAAGUAAUAUGUGGAAAAAGGAAAAGAAACCCCAACAACAGAUGUUUGUAUUAAAGGUCCCGUUCUUCAUGAUCCCAUGUUUCAAACUUUAGUUAGUGUGUAAUGUUGUUGUUAGAGUAUAAAUAAAAUCUGUAAAAUG